GGAGCCCGAAGGGGCGGAAACCAGCCUUCUCCCGGAAGUGUGUGGUUUCUAGGGUGCAGGAAGCGGACCGGGCUGGGAACAGGUGCGGCGGACUUCGUCCCGGUUGGCGGGGAGGAAGAAGCAGCGGCCAUGUCGGCCUUUGAGGCGAACCCCUUCGCGGAUCCGGUGGACGUCAAUCCCUUCCAGGAUCCUUCAGUCACCCAGCUGACCAAUGCAAACCAAGGUACUCUGGAUGAAUUCAAUCCAUUCUCGGAGAACUCUCGGCUGGCGAAAGCAGCUCAGACGUUGCCAGCAACCCAGCCUGCGGGUGGCUCUCAGCCCGCUGUGCUUCAGCCUUCUGUGGAACCCACCCCACAGCUGCUGCUUAGACAGGCCAGCAAGUACCUGACUCCCAAAUUCAUCUCAGCAAGUUCAGAAGGUUCAGAGAGGCAGAAGUUGCUAGAAGACAGCAGCAGUCAGAGUCACCACCAGUCUGUCGCCUCAGCAGCACAGGCUGGCCUCCUGCAGCAGCAAGAGGAAUUAGAAAGGAAAGCUGCAGAGUUGGACAGAAAGGAGCGUGAACUGCAGAACAGCGCAGCAGGCUUCAACCCCAAACAGAACAAUUGGCCCCCACUUCCAAAGAACUGUCCGAUCAAGCCUUGCUUCUAUCAAGAUUUCUCUGCGGACAUCCCAGCCGACUAUCAACACAUUUGCAAAAUGCUGUAUUACCUGUGGAUGUUUCACUCAGUCACCCUGCUGCUAAACCUCCUCGCCUGCCUGGCGCGGUUCACAGUGGUCCCCGAUAAAGCAGGAACGGACUUCGGCCUGUCUAUCUUAUGGCUUGUCUUGUUCACCCCCUGCGCUUUCCUUUGUUGGUAUCGGCCCGUUUACAAGGCUUUCAGGUCUGACAGCUCCUUCAGUUUCUUUGUGUUCUUCUUCAUAUUUUUUUGCCAAAUAGCUAUCUACGUCAUCCAGUCUAUUGGCUUCCCUAAUUGUGGGAACAGUGGCUGGAUUUUAGCACUCACGACAGAGAACUUGGCAGUGAGGAUUAUCAUGAUGGUGGUGGCUGUGUUCUUCAUGUCCUGCGCUAUUCUCUCCCUCUUCUUGCUAAAGCGAGUCCACUCGCUCUACCGCCGGACAGGCGCCAGCUUCCAGAGAGCGCAGGAAGAGUUCUCCCAAGGCAUCCUCACCAACAGGAACUUUCAGACUGCCGCUGGCGGGGCAGCCUCUGCAGCUGCUCAAAAUGCUUUCCGGGGAAACUGAAAUUUCCCAGCGCGGGCUCGGGCCCUGCUUCCCUUCCACGCUUGUUCUGAUUGUGAACAUUCAGGCGGUUUUCUCCCACGGAUACAAGUCCUAACCCCCAAGAGGCCUGCGGGGACUCUUCUCUCAAACUUUGCCCCGUCUCCCUCCGUGUCUUGUUGGAAGGUGCAAGGAUCGGGGUGUCUAGCCUUUGGUGUGGUCUAUUUCCUCCUCCCUCCCUCCCAAUAUAAAUUCCUCCCUUUGGGUUACAUGCAUAUAUUUCGUGCACUUUCCAUUCCCUCCAAUGCCGGUGUUUGGGGAAGGUGAUUUUGCACUCUUGAAUGUCCCACUGGAAGCGUUAAUGAACAAUUACCCUCCUCCUCUCCCUUCAUAAUCCCAGUUGCUGCCCUUGCUGAUUUUUAAUUAGUCGGAGACCUUUAACUGCCGGCGUAGGAUGGGUGUAUGGCCUGCUUCCCCCCCCCCCCGUGUUUUCUGUGAGAUGCGAAGGACACGAUUUGAGAAAUAACACUCCUUGCUAAUUUUUUCCCCCCCUACAGCCUCCCAAAAAGCAGGUUUCCUAUCUGUGGUUGAAAUUUUGGAGAGUCGGGGAGGAUAAUUUCUUAUUCGCCGGCUAGAUUUGCCCCUGAGAAGUUAGCGACGUGGCCUUAGUGCCGGUCUUGGAUCUUGAAUGGAAGUGACGGGGUUUCGGGUUAAGCGGUUGAGUGCACAACUGAGAUGAAGGGGGCAAUUAUUUCUCAACCACCUUUUUAGGCUUUUUGGUGAUCCUGUGCUGAUUCUACUUGACGCUGUCGUUUCUGUUUUGAAAAGUUCUUUUUUUCUCCCCCCCACCCGCCAACCCCAAUACAACCAUCAAAACAAAUAGUUCAAAAAGAGCAUGUUAACAAAAGCCCCUAUUUCUGAAAAAUAGGCCUAUGGAAACAGCUCGCCUGGUUUUUACCAGACUUGAAACCGCAGUGAAUUGGAUGUGAUUCAACAACGUGCAUUCGUUUGGCAGAAUUUUCGGUAGCAAACCAAUAGCAAAUCCGGCAAUGUUUGUUUAUCCCAUCCCUGGCAGAGGCCCUCUGCAUCUGCCAAGUGGUGGAGGUCUUAAGUUUGAUGUCAAUUCACUGCAGUGAAGAAAGAGAAAUAGGUUUCCCAGUUGCCAGCACGUCUGGAUUCAAAAUAGUUUGGAGAGAAAGACUUAAGUGUUAGCAAACACUUGCUUGGGGCAGGAUUGGGCGACAGGAAGCUCGUACAGUACGUUAUCCUCAUGUUCUCCAACCCAAGCGAUGAACAACAGGCUCCACAAACAUUCGGGCACUUUUCAAAGGCCUGUUUCAGCCUCUGCAAACAAAUCAGUGUAAAAGCAAAACUUCAGCCGCCCCAUCUGAUCCACUUGGGGUUUUGAUUGAUUCCCCAAGAGCUAUACCACCUUGGGGAGAACUAGAGGAUUGGGAGUGUAGCUCUUAAAAACACUAAACGAUCUGUCACUCUGUUACUUUCUUCAACAUAAUUUAAGUGAUUAAGAUGUAUAUCAGAGGCUUACAAGUAACUUUUAAUAGAUCUGAUGGAGGGGGAAUAUUCGGGGGACUAAGAUGUGGUUGCAGUCUUGCUGACCAUUUUUUUUCCUUGCUUUUUACUCGUUUAGAUGAACUUGGUGUCUCUCUCUUCUACCCUCCCCCAAAAUACAUAGGUUUUUUUCCCCCCAGAUGUUUCCAAACCUGUUGUGAGGUUGGAUGUAGCCUAGUACAUCCCAGGGAAGUAUCUCUUGGUUUCUGUCUCUUUCUUAUUUUUAUUAUUAUUAUUAUUCUUUGAAUAUAUGUAAUGAUGGCAGAAAUGAGAUUUCUUUUUUUAAUAUCUUCCCCCCUUGGAUGUAUUUUCCACCUCUGAUUUUUUUUUCCAUGUAAAAAAUGUAUAUGUCAAACUUUUGUGCUUAAAUACAGAAUAAAAAUAUCAAGACUUAGUAGAAA